CAUUGUGUACAUUGUAUUUGGAACCCUAAAAGCGACGUCUGUCGGGCCUCGACGCAGUGCCGCGCACUCUACUGUGUGGCUCUGUGGCGUGCGCGCAGUUGUGAAUGUUGUGUCCCAGGCCGCGGGUGGAACAGACGACGGAAGACACACACCAUGAAGUACAUUCUGGUCACUGGUGGAGUAAUUUCUGGGAUUGGGAAAGGUGUCAUAGCUUCUAGCAUUGGCACAAUCCUAAAACACUGUGGCUUACGUGUAACUUCUAUCAAAAUUGACCCAUACAUCAAUAUUGAUGCUGGAACAUUCUCACCAUAUGAACAUGGUGAAGUUUUUGUUCUGGAUGAUGGAGGAGAGGUGGAUCUUGACUUGGGUAACUAUGAGCGCUUCCUGGAUGUUACACUUCAUCGUGACAACAACAUCACCACAGGCAAGAUUUACCAAUCAGUUAUCAAUAAGGAACGAAAAGGAGACUACCUAGGGAAGACUGUACAGGUUGUGCCACACAUAACAGAUGCCAUCCAGGAGUGGGUAGAAAAAGUAGCUUACAACCCAGUUGAUGGUGAAAUGGCUGAGCCAGAAGUGUGCAUCAUAGAGUUGGGAGGCACAAUAGGAGAUAUUGAAGGCUUGCCCUUUGUGGAAGCUUUCAGGCAGUUCCAGUUCAGAGUAAAAAGAGAAAACAUCUGUUUUGUGCAUGUGUCUCUGGUGCCUCAGCCGUCUUCCACUGGAGAGCACAAGACCAAGCCCACAAUGGCCAGUGUGCGGGAACUACGAGGUCUUGGACUCUCGCCUGAUUUCAUUGUUUGUCGUUCAGAGAAACCGGUUGAUACAUCCAUCAAAUACAAAAUAUCCAACUUCUGCCAUGUGUCCCCUGAACAGGUUAUAUGUCUCCAUGAUGCACAGAACAUUUAUGCAGUGCCUGUCAUGUUGGAAGAACAACAAAUAUCACAUUUGCUGAGUGAUCGCUUGAACUUAAACCUUGACAGCUGUAGACCAAGAAGGUUUCUAAAGAAAUGGUGUGACCUUUCUACUAAGCUUGAGCAUUUGCGCACCAAGGUUACCAUAGCUCUUGUAGGCAAGUAUACUCAGCUGCAAGAUUCAUAUGCUUCAGUAAUCAAAGCCCUGCAGCAUGCAGCUCUUGCAUGCAAUCGAAAACUGGAACUGAAAUGCAUUGAAGCUGAAGACUUGGAGGAAGAAGCAAAGGCUGAUCGACCUGUCAAGUAUUACGAAGCAUGGCAGAACGUUUGCAAGAGCAAUGGAAUCAUUGUUCCCGGUGGCUUUGGUCAGAGGGGAAUGGAAGGAAAGGUUGCAGUGUGUAAAUGGGCCAGAACCAAGAAGAAGCCCUUUCUGGGAGUAUGUCUUGGUCUUCAAGCAGCUGUUAUUGAGUUUAGCAGAAAUAUACUUGGAUGGGAAGAUGCCAACAGCCAGGAAAUGCUUCCUGAAGGAACUCGUCACGUAAUUGUUGAAAUGCCAGAACACAACCCAGGACAACUAGGUGGGACUAUGAGACUAGGAAAGAGGCAGACCCUGUUCAAGUCCGACACUUCAAAGCUCCGGCAGCUUUAUGGCAAUGUGGAUUUUGUGGAGGAGAGGCACAGACACAGGUUUGAAGUGAACCCCAAAUUAGUGCAAGAUAUUGAAGCUGCAGGACUUAAAUUUGUGGGUCAAGAUGUAGAUGGAGAGCGCAUGGAAAUUAUGGAGUUGGAGAACCACCCUUACUAUGUUGCUUGUCAGUACCAUCCUGAGUAUCUAACAAGGCCUCUGAAGCCUUCACCUCCCUACCUGGGCCUCAUAUUGGCAGCCAGUGGCAAAUUGGAGCAGUACCUUGCUAGGGGCUGUCACAUGACUCCUACCAGCUCUCCAGAGUCUUCAGAUGAAGAGUUACCAAUGCCAUCACAUGUACUCACCAAGCAGACUCAAAAGCUUAAAGGAAUUGAGUCACUGAAUCUGACAGCAUCAUCAGACCCCACUACCACUCCUGACCCUAGCAUUACUUCCCCACUUUCCUCCUCUUCAAAUGGGAAAGGAGAGAAAGCAGAUGGUCAGAUUCCCAUUCCUAACUCUUUGCCACUUUUGUCAUGAACAAACAAAGAGGCUUGCUCCACAUAAAUGGUUGGUAAGAGUAACCACUCUUCAGUACCUAGAAUGUUAUUUUUUU